UUGAGAUCAGCCAGCUGCUGGAUUGCUGGGCAAAGCAUGGUUGAAUUCGGUGCGGCGUGAACGGCGGUCAUGAACACGACAGAUUUCGACGAGCUGCGCUCGUUUGCCAUGGAGGCUUAUCGGCUGAGCCCCUAUCUCGCGUACCGUCCAAUCUUGUUGCCGGGCGGAGAGUUGGACCGGGCGGUUGAUGCAUUUAUCGAGCAAGAGGCCGACGAAUUUUGCUGGUCGCCCUGCCAAACGCCCGACUUUCUGGCCCAGCUUGUCCGGGCUGGCUUCUUGAGCAUCACUACCCCACUCGCGCCGCGCCCCUCAGAGAAGCACCUGCUGCUCCCAAAGCUUCACUUUGAGCGGUGCGUCAUCGAGCCCGUCCAGGCGGUCAAGAUCUCUCGAUCCCAUCGCAAGCAGGCCAAGCACUACCGAUUUACCGUCAAUCGCAGCUUUGACGAGGUGGCUGAAGCUUGCGUCCGCCAGCACGGCUACAACUGGCUCGGCUACGUGCGUUCCACCCUAGCAGAGCUGCACGCGCAACCCCGACGGGGCGUGUCUUGCAUUAGCAUUGAGAUCUGGAAUCAGGAUGAUCAACUUGUGGCCGGCGAGCUGGGUACCAUUGUGGGUGCCAUGUACACCAGUAUGACAGGCUUUUCAGAAGAGUCGGGCGCCGGCAGCGUGCAGCUGGUGGCCCUUGGUGCCUACCUCUAUC